UAUUCUCAUCUCAAAUUUUUUUAUGAAUCAAUUCUCAUCUCAAAUUUUAAUGGAGUACAAUUUUUUUUUUUGAAUUAUAAUAGAGUAUAAAAUUAUUAAACCCAAUUCUCCAAAUUUUAACAAUCAAUCAUAUGCAACAAUUUAGUGCCUACUUUGCAGUUGCAGGAACCGAUAUAUGUUUAAACGGCCUCCAUCUAACCAUCUCCGUCGUGCCUUAGACAUGGCCGCCGCCACCGCCGCUUCUCCUUCUUAUUCUCCGGAGUCACAGCUCCCAGCAGCUCUCGCCGCCAGAGGCUGGUGUUUGAGAGAUACGGAACGAAUUCAAGAACUCAUCACAGCAUCUGCCACCGUCGAUUCAGUUGAAUCAGAGCUUCUCAAUAUGGACCUGCGAUCGUUUGGCGGAAAAUGCUUACCGCCACCUUCUCUUCUGUGCAAAACCUCUCAUCUCCAAGGUCCAAUCGUGCUUCAGGUGUGCUCAAGCAGAGAUAUAUCUCGGAGUAGCAUGGCUGAGGCUUCAGAAAAUUCAGGCAACCGGCGACUGUUACUAUUGAAGCUCACUGAUGGACAUUCUGAAAUAACUGCUAUAGAGUACUCCCAUGUGCCAUCAUUUCCAGAUGAUAUUAGCCCUGGGACAAAGGUCCGGCUGCAGGGUAAAGCUGAUAUGCGUAAUGGUAUUUUGUGUUUGAACAAAAAGGUAAUUACUGUUUUAGGCGGUGUUGUUCAGUUCCUUUAUGAAGAGUGGCAACUGAAGCGCAAGUAUAUGAAUGUCUCUCGCUACAAGUUAAGGCCCUCGCAAGAAAAUACAUCAAGUUGUCCUCCACCAUUCGAAAAGCUCCAAGUUCGGACACUUGGACGAGGAACUUCAUCUACUUCAUCUUCUGAAGGCAUGCAUGUUUCAGUAGAUACUACAGGGACAUCCUCAAAUGAUCAUCAACAAACUCUAGCUGCAAGAAGUGGAAACCAGAUUCUCCAGCCUCAGAAAAAUAAUGCAACUAAAGAUGGUUUAACUAAUGAAGUAAAGCCGCUUCACACAAAUGAUGGAAACCCUGAGAAGGCAGUUGCCUCAGAAAGACCAAAAGUGGCAGCAUCUGUACCUGUUCAAAAUCAAGUGGCUGCCCAGAAACUUCUCCAGAAGACAAGUCAACCUAGUUUUAAUGACCGCAACUCUAGAUUUCAGAGGCGUAGGGGAAAGGAUAUAGAAGAUGACUCGUCUUUGCUCACACUUGAUGAGUGGGAAAGGAGGAAAACUGGAAGCAAUCAUCCAACAACGCAUGAGCACCACAAUUACAGUCAAGAUGAGGAGCUUGCGAGACAGCUUCAGGAGCAAUUUGAUUUGGAGGAAAAUCAUGUGCAAAAUGAUCCUCAUACGAUGGAUGCUAAAAGUAUAAAGAUGAGCAUGUUCAGUUUUGAAAGAGAUGAUGCCAGAGCUUCCGGUCGAACUGAAUUCAGGGGAAGAGGGAGAGGCAGAGGACGAGGGAGAGGAAGGGGUAGGAGAUACUGAAGCAGAGGUAGAGUUCAAUCUGAAUUAAUUGUUCAAAUUCUUUUCAUUUUCUACUUAGUGCUGGGUACUCACCAUAGUUAUCCUUGAAUCUGUGAUUUGCAAAUGCUUUAGAAAAAAAUCGUGGAAUUAUGCAUCUGUGUUUUUUGCUUUAGUGGUUAGUUAACAUUUCUGUGAUGUUUGUUUUGUUUUUAUUAAUUCAUCAGCAUCCUUAAUUUGCAAA